AUGGGAAGAGAGAACAUUGUCCACUAUCAGUUGGAAAGAGACAACGAAACUGACUUGACCACAAGCCCUCCCAAUGGCUUGGCCUCGGGCCCCGUCAGUCUGGCAAAACCGCAGCUCAGUGACAGACCCAACUACCCGUUCACGCUUUCCAAAGAGAGCACGUUGGCGGAUUUCCUCGAUAACAACCGCUACUACGUGGAGUCGAUCAAACAUAACCACCUGAACCAGGUGUUUGAGCUCAACGGAAAGGGCCAGAGCCCGCACACGUUGUGGAUAGGGUGCUCGGACUCUCGUGCUGGAGAGCAGUGUUUGGCCACGUUGCCUGGAGAAAUUUUCACCCACAGAAAUAUUGCCAACAUCGUCAACGCCAACGACAUCUCGUCCCAGGGGGUGAUUCAGUUUGCUGUGGACGUGUUGAAAGUACGCAAGAUCAUUGUGUGCGGCCACACAGACUGCGGAGGCGUGUGGGCCAGUUUGUCGAAGAAGAGGAUUGGCGGUGUGCUUGAUUUGUGGCUCAAUCCUAUAAGACAUAUCCGUGCACAGAACGUCAAGUUACUAGACUCGCUAAAAGACGACCCCAGAGCAAGAGCCAAGAAAUUGGCCGAGCUCAAUGUGGUGGCGUCUGUUUUGGCGCUUAGAAGACACCCGCUGGCGCUGAAGGCGCUCAAAAACGGCUCCAUCGAGGUCUGGGGGUUGAUGUACGACGUCUCCACCGGCUUUCUUCUGGAGGUGGAAAUCCCGCUAGACGAAUUUGAAGACUUGUUCCAUGUGGACGACGAAGACCUCGAGGACGAGGUCAACCCCCACUGA